GACGCUUUCCUGCCUUCUUCCUUAUCCUCCAUGUACAUAAGGUCCAUGGCCACGAUGCCUCACCGCACCAAACCAAACGGAAGAGAAAGGGAAUACGACUAGACGAGAGAGAGGCCAUGACCAUGAGACUCAGAGGCAACGCGAGGCUGGUCUGCGCACUGCUGCUGGUGCUGCUCUGCGUGGCCUCGCGGAUCCAGGGAGGGGCGUCCCGAGGCGGAGGUGGAGGCCGUGGUGGAAGGAUAGGAGGCGGAGGCAGCAGCGAUGGAGGAAGCACUGGCGGGGGAGGCAGUGCCGUGCCGGGAGCCGGCGGCGGCGGUGGGAGCAGUUACAUGCGAGGGGCCGGCGGUGGCUACGUGCCAACAAGGGGCUACGGCGGCCGGAACACGACUGCGACGGGGUCGAACGGACGCCGCGCCGCGGGCGAGCCGCGUGGCCGCGUCGUAUGGUUCUCCGCUGCCGCCGCCGCGCUGGUGGCCCUGAGCAUACUUACGCAAGCAUGAUCGAUCGUUGGCGACGAGCGAAAUACGGAAUUUGUAAUUUUGUAUAAUUUAGAACGUGGCUGGAUUCAUGUCAGAUAUUUUUUAUUUUUUAAUACAGGCUUGUAAAUAGUUCACGGAGCAUUUUUCCCCCUCUUUAUCUUGUAAAUCGAUUUGAGUACAGUGUGGUGGAAAAUCGGAA